AUGAUCGUUCACCCUGACCUCGCUACGUUUCAUGACAACGCGACUUUGCACGCGAGACAAGUGCCUGCAAUCGCUGAAGGUACAGCCAUUCCUCAACUCUCGGGGGCAGGUUCCAUACCUGCCAUUGCAAAAUCUCAAGCAGCACCUGUAAUCUCUGCUGGUAACGCGAUUCCGACCAUCGCAGCCGCCAAUGGCGUGCUGGUGCUCGGUCAACCCCAGGCGGUACCUGUGAUGUCUGAAGGUAUACCGAUCAUCCAGGCUUCCAACGCUGUACCCGCUAUCGAAAGUACCCAAGCAGCACCAGUCAUGUCCGAAGGACAUGCCAUACCCACCAUUGCAGCCGCAAAUGCCGCACCAGGGGUUGAGAAGACACAAGCAGUGCCUGUGAUCGGAGCUGCCAACGCCGCUCCAACACUACCACCCAACCUCGAAGCCCCAUCCUUUGACUACGUGCCUGGCGGAAACCUUGCUGGCGGCACCUACACUCUUGGUGCAGCAGUUCCAACCGCGACUGCUGUCUUUAUCGGUGAGAACAAGUACAAGUUCCCAACCUUCGAAGAUAUCAUGAAGUCAGCGACUGUUGGUGUUGCAGGCGCUGUGCCGACUGCAGGAUCUGGCGAGCCAUUCACCGGCUGGACUACAUUGACCAACCUCGACACACGGCAAAAGUCAAGCCUUGCAGCUGCAGAAGAUGGCAACUUCUACAUGGUCGGCAGUACUGCAUCCGCGUCUCCGGGCACGCAGUUCUACAGUGAAAACUCUAUCGCCUUCAAGGAUGAGUCGGAGCGCAUGUUCCACUACUACCCGGAUACCAUGUCAGCUUAUGGCGUAUCAAGACUUCGAGCUUCGCAGGUAUUGGAUACACCACUUGGUGCAAAGCUCAUCACUCUCGUGCCAGUCUCGACACCCGAGGGUGUUGUUGCUUAUGUGGCAGCUGAUACUGAUGGGCACAACUACCUGUUGGCCUGGUGCACAGCGCCAAGAUGGCAGGGCUCCAAGGUCUUCCUGGUCAGUGACUACGAGAAGGGGCUGCAGACUUUAUUAAGUGGUGAUGUGCAGUGGAUCGUGACAGGUAACAAUGUCACAGAGUGCGAUCCGCUGGUGUUGACGAGCCAGGCAGGAGGUUUGACACCUGUUUAG